GGAUGGAAUGGAUACAAUAUCUGAAAUUCAACAAAAUCGAAGACUAAUGAGAUCAGAAAGGAAAUAAAAACCUUAUAAGGUAAGCAUCACCUUUCAUUUCCUAUAUAAAAAAUCUUUAUGCCAACAAAACAAACCACACAUAAAAAGAUGGCAGAUCAAAAGGAUCUUUUGCGUAAGAUGAUCGCAAAAGAGAUAGCAGAAUUGCAAAUUUUGCGUAAUGAGAACCGAAACCUUCAGAUUCAAUAAAUUAUGUGGGGUUGUCUCAAAGGAAAGAUUGAUGUUCAUAAGCUCGGUGAAAAAGAUAUGCGAGAUUUGAGUUCUAUUAUUAAUGGAGUUGUUGUCCGAGUCGGAUAUUUUGAUCAUGAAAAGCAGAAUCAAAAUCAGAAAGAACUGAGUCAACCCCAAAAUGAACUUCUUAAUAAUUUUAAUAUGAAUGUUGAUUUGGAUUUGAAUUUGAAAUCCAAACAAAAUAUGAUUUUGGAUUUGGAUCAAAUUUCUAAUGUGGAAAAAGAUGAAGACAUUCCUUCCAUGGAAGGUAGCCACCACAAACCUGAAACUGUCUGUCUCGCUACCACCGUUGCUGAUGUUUGUGCUCCUACUAACACCAACAAUCUUAAUUCUUAAGGAGAGUUGUUUAAAUUGUAGUGAAAGAAGUAUUUGAUUGUUUGCAUUUGUGUUUUCACCAUUUUAAAAGACAAAAUCUGUAUGUGAAUUCUUUUUAUUUUUUUUUGUGUGUGGUAAUAAUAAAGACUUUGCUUUUCAUUGUUA